CCUACCAGCAAAGGCACCCGCACCCAAAAAUUUGCGGCUCCUGCAGUGGGUUCUGAUCGCUGUGCACUUGCGCAGUACACGACCUCGGGAACCAUCCACCCGAUCCGGUUUCCGACCUGGCCGGGUCAGUCUGUGCCCCGGCUGCAAUCCCGCCCAUCUGUAAGACGAGAUGGACAGCCCCCGGGUACUACUGAGGUAGACCCCCGUUGUUCCAUUACGGAGUAUUUCUUGUUGGAAUAUAAUACAAACAAAAGACCCGCAACAUGCGACUCGCGGACCUGCUCGUCGACCUCGCCGCCGUCGCGAGCGCGUCGCGCUCCGUGGCCAAAAAACAUGUCGCGCUGAGGGCGAGGCAACUGGAGCGGUAUGGUCGAGAGGCCACCGUCGUGCGCGAUGUCUUGAGACGGGGAGCGUCGGAAGGGGGGAAGGAGGCGGCGCCGGAGGAGGAGCAACCACGGAGUGCCCAGACUCGACAGCGGGAAUCUGAAGGGCAAGCGGACGAGAGAGUCCAGGCGGAGCAGGUGGAACAGCGGAAUCCGGACGAGGCGGGGAUGGCCGCCUCGGCUGCGGCUGCGGAGGACGGGGUGCACGCCCGGGAACGGGAACCCGAGGUUCAGGCCGACCCCCGAACGCGGACAGCAGAUGGCGAACCGAUGGCGGACGCCCCGGGAGAAACACCUCAUCAAAGCAGCGAAGGGAAGCCCGACUUCGUGCGUGCUCCGUGGGCGGACGGUGGGAUUGCCAUGUUGCAGCAUGGCUUCGUCCCGCCAAAACGGCCGCCGCCAGUAUCUGGAAGAAUGCCGGCUGUCGGCCGUCCUGAUGUUGACCUCAACGUUUUCCGGACGAUACCGGGCUCUAAAAUCCUCGAGGCGCUGAAGGAGGCCGAGGAACAGGAGCAAACACCGGUGAAACCUAUCCCGCCUGGUACAGAGGAGACGCCGGCCGCGCCCCGAGAAGUAGCGGACAGGACCGAAGCAGUGGAAGACGUCGAGCGAACGGCUGUGUCAGCCGCUUCUGAGGGCCUGGCGUCCAAGCCGAUGCAAUCACCUACAUCCCAAGAGAUUGCCGAAGAAUCUACGAUGACCGACGCCGGCAGGCGGGAAGCCCCUGAGAAGACGCCUCGCCAAGAGCCCGCAGCGGCGAUCCCGGUCGCCCCGGCGCCAGAACCCACCGAACCGAAGACGCUAUCCCAGGAAGACGCGAGCAUUAUUGCCGAGUUGACGGGCUCGUCAUCACCGGUGUCGUCUGGCGCUGCGAGCUACCAACUCCGCGAGUCCCGCGUGCCCUCCUCGCGGAUCGGCCGGCUGUGGAACUACGGCGGCCUUGCAGCAGGCAUGUUCGCAGGCGCAAUCGGGGAGGGGAUCAGUCGCGCGGUCGGCGGCAGUAGCAGCUCAGGGUCGGUAAUGCUCAGCGCCGCAAACUUGGAGCGGCUGGUAGCCAAGCUCUCCCGGAUGCGCGGCGCGGCGCUCAAGCUCGGGCAGAUGAUGAGCUUCCAGGACGCCAAAAUGCUCCCGGCUCCCAUGCUGGAAGUGCUCCAGCGAGUCCAGGACCGAGCAGACUACAUGCCGGCCUGGCAGCGAGACCGGGUCCUCGUCGCCAACCUGGGCGAGAACUGGCGCGACCUGUUCGAUGAGUUCGAGGACAAGCCCAUCGCAGCCGCCUCCAUCGGUCAAGUCCACCGCGCGACGCUCAAAUCCGACGGCACCCGGGUGGCCGUCAAGAUCCAGUUCCCCGGCGUGGCCGACUCGAUCAACUCGGAUCUCGACAACCUCUCCGUCCUGCUCGCCGCCACCAAGCUCCUCCCCAAGGGCCUCUACCUCAACAAGACCAUCGACAACGCCCGCACCGAGCUCGCCUGGGAAUGCGACUACGUACGCGAAGCCGAGUGCGCCGAGCGCUACCGCGAGCUUCUCCUCGGCCCCUCCUCCUCCUCUUCGUCAUCAUCCUCACCCCCAUCAUCAGAAGACCCCGUCUUCUCCGUGCCGCGGGUCUUCCGCCACGCCAGCGGCAAGCAGGUGCUGACGAUGGAGUUCAUGGACGGGGUGGCGGUGACGCGGGCGGCGCCGACGCUCAGCCGCGAGCAGCGCGACUGGAUCGGCACGCAGCUGCUGCGGCUGUGCCUGCGCGAGAUCGCCGAGUUCCGCUUCAUGCAGACGGACCCGAACUGGACCAACUUCCUGUACAACGCGGGCACGGGCCGGCUCGAGCUGCUCGACUUCGGCGCCGCGCGCGAGUACCCGCCCGACUUCGUCGCCCUGUACGUGCGCCUGCUCGAGGCCGCCUCGCGCGCCGACCGCCCCGCCGUGCGCGACCUGAGCCAGCAGCUCGGCUACCUGACCGGCCUCGAGAGCCGCGCCAUGGUCGACGCCCACGUCACCAGCGUGCUGACCCUGGCCGAGCCGUUCAUGCGCUCCGCGCCCGAGGUCUACGACUUCAGCGGCCAGACCAUCACGGACCGCGUCAGGGCGCUGAUCCCCGUCAUGGUGAACGAGCGGCUGGCGCCGCCGCCUGAGGAGACGUACAGCCUGCAUCGGAAGCUCAGCGGCGCGUUUCUGCUGUGCGCGCGGCUGGGGAGUAGGAUUCGGUGUAGGGAGUUGUUUGAGGAGGCGCUGGCGAAGACGGGGUAUAUCGACAAACGAGAGAGCGAGUAAAUCGGCGAUGGGAUGUAGGAUGUAUGUAUAUAAUGUGAACCAUAUAGACACACAACUUCUGUAUCAUAGACUGU